AUGAAUGAUGAAAAAUUAAUAAUACUCGUGUCAAAAUAUGAGUGUUUAUUUGACAUAACCAAGCCAUCAUAUAGCGAUCGGAUAAUGAAAGACAAUGCAUGGGAGGAAAUUAGCAAAUGUCUCGGAAUAAGUGUGACGCAGUGCCAGGAUCGUUGGAAGAAACUGCGAGAUAACUUCAGAAAAGCCUAUUAUAACCGAAAAGGCAAGAGUGGCGAUGGUGCAACUACGUCCAAAUUGAUAAAAUUUGAAAAAGAACUUUCUUUUAUAAUACCAUUUUUUCGCAAUCGAAACCAAAUAUCUAAUGUAACAUUAUCAUCGGAUGAUUCAGAGCCUGGCACACCAAUACCACCACCAUCGACAUCAUCUAAACGUUCUGACCAUUCUGAAGUUGAAUCGCUUGCAAGUACUUCUGGCUCGAAAAAGAGACCACGCUUAAGGAAAGAUGUUGCUACGGUUUUCGAAGAGUAUCUUGAAGAAAAAAGAAAUACUACACCCCGUGACAAGGCAUUACGUAAUUUUUUUUUGUCUAUGUCAGAUACAGUGGAAACAUUCCCAAAAGAAGUCCAAGCACGAAUUAAAAGGCGCGUGUUUAACAUUGUUAAUGAAGCUGAAUUAAGUCUGUAUGAAAAUAGUACAGAUUUGAAUUAUUCUUUGUCUAUAAAUUCACCGCCAUCGACUAAUCAAUCUACUUACCUAGUGUCAAACGAAACCUAUAUUCCUCAAAACUAUCCAGAUCAGACUACUUACGGGUACAAUACCAGCACACAAAAUACAAAAUAAUAAACAAUCAAAAACAAUAAUA